AUGACUUACGGAAUUGAAACGUGGUCGUUCACUAUGGGUCUCAUAAGAAGACUCAAGGUCACCAAGCGGGUAACGGAGAGAGCAAUGCUUGGUAUCUCUCUACGUGAUCGAAUUAGGAAUCAAGAGAUCCGUAAGAGAACUUACGUUACUGAUAUUGCUCAAAGAAUUGCUCAGCUUAAUUGGCAGUGGGCAGGAUACAUAGUGGGAAGAACUGAUGGCCGUUGGGGCAGAAGAGUUCUGGAAUGGCGACCACGUACCGAACGACGCUCAGUAGGUGGACCGACGAUCUUAUAAAGGUUGCGGGAAGCCGCUGGAUGCGUUCAGCGCAGGACCGUUCAUCGUG